AUAAUGAAACAAUUGUCUAUGAGUUGUUGAUCCCUUUUCAAGGGUUGUAUAUUUUUCAUGAGGUCACGCAGUCAAAAUUGCCAACUAAUAAGGUUGAAGUAGCAUUAAUAUCACAUACCAUACCAACAUUUCUCAAGUUUAGGGAGUUACUUAUGCAGAGUCUAAAAGAUUAUAUUGUGGAUACAUAUAUUACAUCAAUAGAUUCCAGUGAAAGCGUAACCAGUUUAUCACAUGGAACUACAUCUCUUAUCAUUUCUUUGUUAAAGGAAGAUGGGGAUGAACACCAAGAUCCAACUUACAUUGAGACAGAUUCCGAUGAAGUACUACCUAAAAAAUACUUAUAUUAUAUUCGUGUUGGUGAACCUUUAAAAGAAAUCGGUAAUCACCCAUCUAUAAGGAAAACCUUAGGUUCAAAAAUUAGUGAAAAAAUAAAUAAUGAUGUUUUAAAGAAACCUUUCAAACUUCCAACCAAAAAAAAGUCGGGUAGUGAUGAGUUAUUUAUUGAAGAAAAUUUAAAUGAUGAUGAUUCUAUGCCAAAUAUCAUCAUAAAAGGUGAUAAUAAAUGUCAAUAUAAAUUAUAA